GUGAAUUAUUAUUAACGAGGCCAGAAUAAUUAUACAGGAACUAAGAAGAUGGACGUACUGACGCUACUCAAGCUCACGGCCAUACUGACCGUGUUGAUGAUAUCCGAUUGCGUUUGUGGGAACCGACGUGACAAAAUGCUUAAAGGUUGUCAACUUUUAGAAUCACCUCCAAAUGGUAAUCAGUUGGUAAUCAGAUCGAGUAAGGUGAAGAAAUAUGCUUUGUUUAGCUGCGAUAAAGGUUUCAAGUUGGUUGGAAGUCGUGUUCGAGUCUGUGAAAAGCACGGCAGGCAAUAUCGAUGGGAUGGAUCAGAUGCAACGUGUCUAGCGAUCGAUUAUUGUGAACAAUCCCUUUGUUUUAACGAUGGUUCAUGUACUGAAGAAGAGGACGGGUAUACUUGCAUCUGUCCAAGUGGUUUUACUGGAGAUCAUUGCGAGACAGAUAUCAAUGAUUGCUCACCGGACCCUUGUUCACCUGGAGGGACAUGUAUUGAUGGAGUCUAUAGUUAUACAUGUGUAUGCAAACCUGGGUAUACAGGUGACAAUUGUGACAUAG